AUGCUUGCUCAAUGUAACCCCUUUGCGCGUAUAUAUCGCCAUGCACACGAGAUAUUGAGCAACCAUGAGAGCAGCAGCAACACUGUCAGUGAUGGUAAUGAUCAAAGAGAAGACAGUGCGCCAUACAUCAUUAUCAGCCCAUCAAAGAGAAUGCGCUUAAUUGAAGGAAGCGAUAGACGCACUCACAACCUUCCAACAAUGGAAGAAAUUGCUGCUGUUAUACCAAUCGAGUAUAGUGGCAGAGGUUUCCGUGAUAUUGUUCUUACCUUGAGAAGCAAUAGCAAUCUUCGUCAAAACACUGGAUUUGAGCAGCACUUUCAGAGCAUUAUUCAGGCCCAUGCUGCAUACAUGCCAAAUCAUUAUUUACAUUUGUUUCUUCAUGAAAUAAAAAAGUGCCUUGCAUUAUCCGAGAAUAAAAUAAUUUGUAAACGAGAGUAAUGAG